UUCAAGGGACUAGUAUCGUGUUCCGAUUGACCUCUUAAAGCAAUGGGUUAACUAGUCUACGCAGACAAACGAGGAAACAUGGACGUGCUAUUCCUGGUGCUUUCGUUUGUCGCUUUGACGAACGGUGCAACAGAGCUUUUGCAAAAUCCAGAUUUUGAGAGUACUUCUUUUUCUGGAAACUGGAUCUGUCAAGGGUGUACUUUGUCAAGUAGCUCUGAUAGUUAUCGUGGCCAUCACAGUGCUAAGAUCACUCAAAGACAACACAAUUGGGCGGGAAUAGCUCAAACCAUAAAUGUGUCACCCGGAAAUAGGUAUGUCUUCAGCGCGCAUGUCAAACUGCUUAACAUGGCACGAGGUCAUAUGUUCCAUAAGGUCGAGGUCAUGAUAAGGGAAGCAAUACAUGGACAUAACCAGUAUCUAGAUGUUGCUGACAGCCCUAAGGUACGAACAGACAGUGGCUGGGUAGAGAUUGGGUUCGAUUUCAAGAUUCCACAUAACGUUCAUCAACUUUAUGUAUAUCUACAAAUCGCUGAACCGGAAGUGAACUACUUGAUCGAUUCGGCGAGCUUCAAAGUACUUCCAUACGAUGCAAACUGGAAGGCUGAAGCAAACUCCAGGAUAAAUAGCAUCAGAAAAGCUCCGAUCACCGUCAAUUUGCACAACCUGCAUGGAUCUGGCUAUCAAGUUGAGAUCCAGCAGACAAAGAGUAAAUUUGCGUUUGGGUCUGCAUUGGAAGCGUCCAAGAUCGUGGAUUCGUCUCAUCAUGCCUACCAACAGUUCUUCUACGACAAUUUUGAAUGGGGUGUGCUGGGAAACGCCCUGAAAUGGAGACAGAUGGAGUGGAACCAAGGACAUCCUAACCUGGACAAGCCAAUGACCGCUGUACAAGCUCUCCGUGCGAAGGGAAUAAAGGUACGAGGACACAACAUGUUUUGGGGAACCGAUGGAAGGCACCCGGAUUGGAUUGACGGCAUGGGAAAUUCUACACUUAUUCAAGCUAUGCACACACAUAUAAAUGACGUCAUAUCACGUACUAGAGGGAGUCUAGAACAUUGGGACGUGUACAAUGAAAAUCUCCACGGGAUGUACUUUGAGGAACAUACAGGUCACCAAAACAUAACUAAGGAGAUGUUCAACUGGAUACACCAGGCGGAGCCAGGAGUGAAACUGUUCCUAAACGAAUAUGCCGUGGCUUCGUCAAAUCAACUGACCAGCGCGUACAAACAACAAGCAAUAGACCUGAAGAAUGCUGGAAUCCCAUUGUACGGUAUCGGAAUACAAUGUCAUACCAAUAGUCACAUGGAUAUUACGUCAUUAAAGUACCGACUGGACAAGAUAGCCGAGGCUGGUCUCCCCAUUUGGAUUACAGAGUUUACGGUGAAUGAAGCUAACGAAGGAUUGAAGGCGGACGCCCUGGAGAAUAUGUUGACAUUGUUCAUGAGUCAUCCUGCCGUGGAAGGAGUUCUACUGUGGGGGUUCUGGGACGGUCAAAUCUGGCUUCCCAAUUCUGUCUUAGCAACUGGGCCGCAUGUACAGCCAAAUGCUGCAGGAAGGAGAUAUCAACAACUCUUUCAUCAAACGUGGCGGACUCACGUGACAGAGUCUGUAACCGGAAGUACUGUUCAUGCAUCAGGAUUUAUGGGAGAUUAUACUCUUCGUGUUAAACAUAAUGGCCGCACUGUGAAGACAACACAGUUUACACUGGACAAGGGAGGACAAACUGUCACCGUCAAUCUUUAAAACAUAUGCAUACAUUACAAUGAGUUGAUGGCGCCUGUCAUAUCCAUUAUCGGGAUUAUGUUUUCCAAUAUUUAUCAGCUGGUUUAUAAAUUCAAAUUAUGUGAAUAAAUUUGCCUAUCAAUAAAAUAUCCUAAUUUUUAACAAAGUGUUCCAUAAUCGUAAUUUAAGCCAAUAGUAUACUGAAAAAGUGAAAAUUUUCGUGUGUGUAAAUCUUAUCGCGGUGUGGGUAUUUGCACACAGGAAAUAAUUCUGAAAUCAUCAUAUUCUAUUUAUCUAUAAUCUGUAAACAAAUAUUCGUGUAUGAAUAUUUUCUCUUUAAUUUACCAUACUCGAAAAAGGCGAACAUUACAACCUCGCAAAGAUUUUUACAGUAUCAGGUAAUAUUGUGUUAUAUAUACCUGAAUUAUACGUCUAAAAUAACAAGUAACACAUAAUAAAACAGGUAUGAUUUACAGCUAUACAAAUAAUGGUAAAAUAUGGUUCAUGAACAGAUAACCAACUAUUAAAAAAACGUUAGCCGACGUUUACACAAUAUGUAUAGCAUUACUUAUCUAUAAAUAUAUUCGUUAAAUAUGUCUUAUUAUGUUCAUCUCAAUUUUAUACUAUGACUGAUUUAUCUCUUUUUCCACAUGAUCCAUUUUUACAACGUUGAUCUCAAAUGGCACAACAUGUUUAAUUUAAAUUAAAAAAUUGCCAAUGAAACCUGACUAAUGAAAUAUAUCAAAAAUGAAAUACUACAAAUCAUUCAGCAAAUGUAACUAUAUAAUUCGCCUUAAGGUGUAGAUAUCAAUGGUAUACAAGUGCUUAAUCACACCACAUUCUAAAAUUUAAAUUAAACGUUAUUUAUUUUACAAAACGUAUGAAACAGUUUUAUCAAAUUACAUUAAUCAGUCUUGGUGGUAGCGCACAUAGGUCUGAAUGUGAAUCCGGGGAAAACCCGCUUCGACCUCUAUUGAGACAACGACAUAUGUGUUUCCAACUUUCUUAUAUCAUUGUCGGUAAGACGGUAAUUUUAUGUCGAUAGCCAUUCAGAAACUUAUAUGUACUAUUUCUCCGUAUCAAAUUGUGCGCCCAAACAUGACAUUUGCUA